AGAAUCAGAUGCCUUAAUUUGUGUUGGGCCCAACUUUGGGCCCUUUAUAUACCCUUUCCACCGCCUUCUAUAUUUUCAACAAUCAAUCUCGCAAUCUCUUAUCAUUUUCAUCUGCUAAUCUCUCUCCUCAAGCACAUCCUUUCUGAGAAAAAGAAAAGCUUAAGGGAAGAUGGCCGAUCAGCUUACUGACGACCAGAUCUCUGAGUUCAAGGAGGCCUUCAGCCUCUUUGACAAGGACGGCGAUGGUUGCAUUACUACCAAGGAGCUGGGGACUGUGAUGCGGUCACUUGGGCAGAACCCUACUGAGGCAGAACUUCAAGAUAUGAUUAACGAAGUUGAUGCUGAUGGAAAUGGGACCAUUGAUUUUCCUGAAUUCCUUAACCUGAUGGCAAGGAAGAUGAAGGAUACUGACUCAGAGGAGGAACUUAAAGAGGCUUUCAGGGUGUUUGACAAGGAUCAGAAUGGUUUCAUAUCUGCUGCUGAGCUUCGCCAUGUCAUGACUAAUCUUGGCGAAAAGCUAACAGAUGAGGAAGUUGAUGAGAUGAUCCGCGAAGCUGAUGUUGAUGGUGAUGGGCAGAUCAACUAUGAGGAGUUCGUGAAAGUCAUGAUGGCCAACUCCAAUAAAUCUAGCGUUGAUUUGAAUUUGACAGAAGGAAGGAGAGGACAGUGAACAGCAAACGGAGCCAAAAGGAAAAGGAAAAGAAAGCAAACGCUGGACAGAAACGUCGUAAGCUAGCCAAGAUUCGUGAUUGUGUUUUUCUCUAGUUUUACCAUUUUCAAGGCCAAGGGUUGCUGCUUCUGCUUCACCACCACCAUCCUUAGUCCCAUACUCCAAUAAUUCAGCACAAUACUAUUAUAUAAUGCAUAUCAUGUUGCAACUUAAAUAAAUCCUAGCUUCUGUAACUCAUUUGACAAUCUCAAGUAUCAAGAAAAAAUGAAAAAACCUUCAGAGAAUGGAGACCCAGCUUCAUGGAGAUCGAAAGAUAUAUAUAAAGAUGUAAGACCUUCGGAUCUAUCCGGAUAU